AUGAACACCACCAUGCUGGCCAUGCUGUUGUUCUCGUUCCUUCUCUUCUUGCCUUGCAUGGGCUCCCAACCAGCCCUCAAGGUUCACGAUCUUGAAGACCUCACAGCUCCUCGCAACUUCGAUGACAACACCGAUCUUGAUCAAUGCUCUGCUUCACUUUCCUCCAACCCAGUGUGGUGGACUAGUUAUUCGAAUGCCCGCCAGAACGCAGUGCUGCUCUGCCAUUCCAUGAGAGCAGAGCUGGACAAGGGUAGGCCAGACAUUACUGAUUUGCGAGACUCUUUUGCUGACGCACUAAACCAGNACGACAUGGUUGAGAAGAUGAAGCUCAUGUUCGAAGCAGUCAUGGAGGCAGCCAACGUUAUGGCAGACACAACCGAGGAGCACCGUACCUUCGAGAGGCAAUGGACUGAGAUGGGCAAGAACAUGCAGUCCUUCCAUCUCGCUCUGAACACAGAUCUCGACAUGCAGAACCGCAUCGCCGAAGAGUGGGCUAAGUUUCGAGUCAACAUCCACGAUCUCGACGACAACAUCCAGAAUCUGAGCCGCGAUGUCGAAAGAGUCCGCGNNAGGUGGGUUGAAUGUGCCUCUGACGCUUCUUCCAGUACUGAUUGUUCACAGGCAUCUUCUGACAUCGCCUCGGAUCUUCAGGGCCACCGUCUCCGCGCUCAGGAAGCACAGGCAGAUGUGACACAGCACCUCAGUCAAGCUCUUGAUCUUGCCAUCCAGAUUGAUCGUUCUCAUGACAACUCACUGGCGGCCUCAGUGGCUCUAGACCAGCAGAACCAGGUGAGCCUUGAACAUCAUAUAUACCUUUGUUUCUUCGCCACUAAUGAUAACNAGAAACUCACACAUGCUCUGGCUCAUCAUGCCGAGGCUACAAGAACAUUGCACCACAGGACCGAGAUGCUGCUAGACGCCAUUUCCACUGUGACAGACAAUGUCACAGACGCCGCCAGAACCGUCUCCGAAUUUCACAACGAUAUUCACAACCUACCUACUAAAGUCGUUCAACAAGUCUUCGAGGCUUCUCUCGCAGGCGUGCCCUUCGGCUGCGUCUCGGUUGUGCUAUUGAUUAUCUUCUGGUGUCUCGGCUUUGCUGCUCUUGACACAUGGGGCCCAUUCCGUGCAAGAAGUUCAGUUGUUGCAUCGCUCGGAGUUGCAAUUGCAUCUACUUAUGUUGUGGUUGCGGUUCCUCAGAUCGCUGAGAUUCCCGCGAUCAGCAUUCUGGGCAUCAUGGCAGUCGCAGGCGCCGCGGCCUUCGCCUGCAAGCUCUGGUACAAGCAACAGAAGACUUCGAACCAGCCCAUCCUUCUAAACAGCACCGACCAAGACUUGAAGCACUCGGCUUCGCCAUCGCAGGCACCACUCAGCACCGAUUCACUGCUUUCUUGA